AUGCCCAGGAACCAGGGCUUCUCCGAGCCCGAGUACUCGGCUGAGUACUCAGCGGAGUACUCUGUCAGCCUGCCCUCUGACCCCGACCGCGGGGUAGGCAGGACCCAUGAAAUCUCUGUCCGGAGCUCAGGAUCCUGCCUGUGCCUGCCCCGCUUCAUGCGGCUGACCUUCGUGCCCGAGUCCUUGGAGAACCUCUACCAGACCUACUUCAAACGGCAGCGCCACGAGACCCUGCUGGUGCUGGUGGUCUUCGCAGCCCUCUUCGACUGCUACGUGGUGGUCAUGUGUGCUGUGGUCUUUGCCAGCGACAAGCUGGCUCCGCUCGCCGUGGCCGGGAUCGGGCUCGUGUUGGAUGUCAUCCUCUUCGUGCUCUGCAAAAAGGGGCUGCUCCCUGACCGGCUCACCCGGAAAGUGGUGCCCUACCUGCUGUGGCUGCUGCUGACGGCGCAGAUAUUCUCCUACCUGGGCUUGAAUUUCACUGUCGCCCAUGCGGCCAGCGACACGGUGGGCUGGCAGGCCUUCUUUGUCUUCUCCUUCUUCAUCACACUGCCGCUCAGCCUCAGCCACAUUGUGGCCAUCUCUGUGCUCUCCUGUGUGGUGCACACUCUCGUCUUGGGGGUCACUGUGGCCCAGCAGCAGCAGGACCAGCUGAAGGGAAUGCAAUUGCUCAGGGAGAUCCUGGCCAGCGUCUUCCUCUACCUGUGUGCCAUUGUUGUGGGCAUCAUGUCUUACUAUAUGGCUGACCGCAAGCACCGCAAGGCCUUCCUGGAGGCCCGCCAGUCGCUGGAGGUGAAGAUGAACCUGGAGGAGCAGAGCCAGCAGCAGGAGAACCUCAUGUUGUCCAUCCUGCCUAAGCACGUGGCUGAUGAGAUGUUGAAGGACAUGAAGAAAGACGAGAGCCAGAAGGACCAGCAGCAGUUCAACACCAUGUACAUGUACCGCCACGAGAACGUCAGCAUCCUCUUCGCGGACAUCGUGGGCUUCACCCAGCUGUCUUCUGCCUGCAGUGCCCAGGAGCUCGUGAAGCUGCUCAACGAGCUCUUUGCCCGCUUCGACAAGUUGGCAGCUAAAUACCACCAGCUGCGGAUCAAGAUCCUGGGAGACUGUUACUACUGCAUCUGCGGCCUGCCCGACUACCGCGAGGACCAUGCUGUCUGCUCCAUCCUCAUGGGGCUCGCCAUGGUGGAGGCCAUCUCGUAUGUGCGGGAGAAGACCAAGACCGGGGUGGACAUGCGUGUGGGCGUGCACACGGGCACCGUGCUGGGGGGCGUCCUGGGCCAGAAGCGCUGGCAGUAUGAUGUGUGGUCUACUGACGUCACCGUGGCCAACAAGAUGGAAGCUGGUGGCAUCCCUGGGCGCGUGCACAUCUCCCAGAGCACCUUGGACUGCCUGAAAGGAGAAUUUGACGUGGAGCCAGGCGAUGGGGGCAGCCGCUGUGAUUACCUAGAGGAGAAGGGCAUUGAAACCUACCUCAUCAUUGCCUCCAAGCCAGAGGUGAAGAAAACAGCCACCCAAAAUGGCCUCAAUGGCUCGGCCCUGCCGAAUGGAGCCCCGACUUCCUCCAAGCCCACCUCUCCUGCCCUCAUUGAGACCAAGGAGCCCAAUGGGAGUCCCCACUCCCCUGUCUUGUCUGUCCCCUGACUCUGCCUCCCUGUCCUACAGGCUGACAACCCCUCAUUCCCCAACCCUCGCCGGAGGCUGCGCCUUCAGGACCUGGCUGACCGCGUGGUGGACGCCUCUGAGGAUGAGCACGAGCUCAACCAGCUACUUAACGAGGCCCUGCUGGAGCGAGAGUCCGCCCAGGUGGUGAAGAAGAGAAACACUUUCCUCCUGUCCAUGCGGUUCAUGGACCCUGAGAUGGAAACCCGCUACUCAGUGGAGAAGGAAAAGCAGAGCGGUGCCGCCUUCAGCUGCUCCUGUGUCGUCCUGCUGUGCACGGCCCUGGUGGAGAUACUCAUUGAUCCCUGGCUUAUGACAAACUACGUGACCUUUGUGGUUGGGGAGAUUCUCCUCCUGAUCCUGACCACCUGCUCGCUGGCAGCCAUCUUUCCCCGGGCCUUUCCUAAGAAGCUUGUGGCCUUCUCAACUUGGAUUGACCGGACCCGCUGGGCCAGGAACACCUGGGCCAUGUUAGCCAUCUUCAUCCUGGUUAUGGCGAAUGUUGUGGACAUGCUUAGCUGUCUCCAGUACUACUCAGGACCCAGGAACGGGACGGCAGGGAUGGACGUGGAGGGCGGCUGCCUGGAGAACCCCAAGUAUUACAACUAUGUUGCCGUGCUGUCCCUCAUCGCCACCAUCAUGCUGGUGCAGGUCAGCCACAUGGUGAAGCUCACUCUCAUGCUGCUUGUCACGGGUGCUGUGGCCACCAUCAACCUCUAUGCCUGGAGCUCCAUCUUUGAUGAAUAUGACCACAAACGUUUUCAGGAACACAACUUUCCUAUGAUGGCCUUGGAGAAGAUGCAGGUCCUCUCUACUGCUGGGCUCAAUGGCACUUACCGGCUGCCCCUGGUGCCUUCCAAGUACUCGAUGACAGCAAUGAUGCUCAUUAUGACGCUGAGUUUUUACUAUUUCUCCCGCCAUGUGGAGAAACUGGCACGGACGUUAUUCUUGUGGAAGAUUGAAGUCCAUGACCAGAAAGAACGUGUCUAUGAAAUGCGACGCUGGAACGAGGCCUUGGUCACCAAUAUGUUGCCUGAACAUGUGGCACGCCAUUUCCUGGGGUCUAAAAAGAGAGAUGAGGAGCUGUACAGCCAGUCAUAUGAUGAGAUUGGAGUCAUGUUUGCCUCCCUGCCCAACUUUGCUGACUUCUACACAGAGGAGAGCAUCAAUAAUGGUGGCAUUGAGUGUCUGCGCUUCCUCAAUGAGAUCAUCUCAGAUUUUGACUCCCUCCUGGACAAUCCCAAAUUCCGAGUCAUUACCAAGAUCAAAACCAUUGGGAGCACCUACAUGGCAGCUUCAGGAGUCACCCCAGAUGUCAACACCAAUGGCUUUACCAGCUCCAGCAAGGAGGACAAGUCCGACAAGGAGCGCUGGCAGCACCUGGCUGACCUGGCCGACUUCGCACUUGCCAUGAAGGACACGCUCACCAACAUCAAUAACCAGUCAUUCAACAACUUCAUGCUGCGCAUAGGCAUGAAUAAAGGAGGGGUUUUGGCUGGGGUAAUUGGAGCCCGGAAACCACACUAUGACAUCUGGGGCAACACUGUCAACGUAGCCAGCAGGAUGGAGUCCACAGGGGUCAUGGGCAACAUUCAGGUGGUGGAAGAAACACAAGUCAUCCUUCGAGAGUAUGGCUUCCGCUUUGUGAGGCGAGGUCCCAUCUUCGUGAAGGGGAAGGGGGAGCUGCUGACCUUUUUCUUGAAGGGACGGGAGAAGCCAGCUGCCUUCCCUAAUGGCUCCUCUGUUACACUGCCCCACCAGGUGGUAGACAAUUCCUGAACAGCCUUUGAUCCCACAACAAUCCAAAUGGGAAGGGAGAAUUUAUUUUAUCAAAGAAAGGCUUUGGAACAGGACAAAUUAUCAAGUCCCAACAUUCCUGAAUUGCUGAAGUGCACAUUCACAUAGACUUUAGGUUUAAAAAUCUCCUCAAGCCUUCAUUUGUUUGUGGAUAUGUGAGCUCUGAGGGUGGCCGUACUAUUCCUCAGUGUGCCUGUAGUGUCCCCAGAGCAGGGGUCGUAGGCAUAGUACU